AUGACAUCAGAUUACCACUAUACCUACUUUCGAGUCCCGAAGACAGAAGAUCUUACUCGCUCAGCACAGCGAUACAGAGAUCUGCGCCUGCAGGCCCUCAAGCUCUCACCGUCGUCAUUUGCGGCAACCUACGAAUCAGAAGCCCUUUUCACAGAGGAAUACUGGAAAUCCCGCCUGUCGCAACAAGACAGGGAGACAUUUGUUUGCGCCGCACGCCCUGCUAAGUCUACUGCAUCCACCGGAGACGACCUCGAAUGGGUGGCUCAAUUAACGCUGCUCGGUCCCCGAACCAAAGAGGAGUUCACGCUGCCAGCAGCAUCCGGGCAACCAGAACCAGGCCCCGAUGAAAAGGAGGAACGGUGGCAGCUUCUCGGUCUUUACACACUAUCUUCGCAUCGCGGGAGGGGUAUCGCGAAGCGACUGUGUGCGGAGGCUAUCAAGUAUCUUGUCGGGUAUCGGGCCGAGCCAAAGAAUGUCCAGGUUCGGUUGAUGGUUAAGUGGGGGAUGGAAGCAACUGCACGGCUGUAUCAGCAACUGGGCUUUGAGGAGGUGGGAAGCUGUACCCUUGCUGAAGCACUGAUUGCGAACGGGGAAGGGGAUCUUUUGCCGGAGGGGUACGAGGUGCAGGAGAAGUUCUGUGCGCGGGGUGGUCAUGUUAUGCUGCAGCGUUUUACCAGAGAUCGUGUAUAG